GUGCAAGUCGUCGGCGCUGAAUAACCCCAACAUAGAGGGCUCCGAUAAAAAGGACUUCUACUACGACGUCCAGGCCGAACACGACUAUCUAGAGACACAGAAGGCUGCGGCCGAGAAGAAGGCGCAGCUCAGCAAGCCACGGCUGCACCACCGCAACAUCAAACAUCCCAACUUCAAGAACUUCACCUACAAGGAGGCUGAGGAG